CUCUCUCUCCCUUUCUCUCUCCCCUCUAACCCACAAGACUUGUUCAAAAUACGAGUUUUUUCUCUGCCAAUCUCUUCCAAUGGAUCUGCAAGCCUCUAAUCAACCUCAGAAGCUCCAUAAUUUCCCCUUUUCAUUUCUAAUCAGAAGAGAACUUCGUUACGGACUCUCUUUCUUCCUUCUCCUCGUCUCUUCCUUGUUUAUUCUCAGACUCGUAACCCCAUUCGACUCUCAGUUUCUAUCCGAUCAUUUGGGUUUCUUAUCCCAAAUCCUACAGAAUAAUAAUCACAAGUUGUCUCCGGGAACUUGUGAUUAUUCCUACGGCAGAUGGAUCCGCGACGAAACUCAUCCGCUUCAGUCCUACACCGAGGACUGCCCGUUUCUCGACCCUGGCUUCCGGUGCAGCCAGAGUGGUCGAAAAGACCAAGGUUAUCGGAGAUGGCGCUGGCAACCGGCUGGCUGUGACGUUUUGAGAUUUAACGCAAGCGACUUCUUGGAAAGAAGCAGAAACGGACGGAUAGUAUUUGCCGGCGACUCAAUCGGAAGGAACCAGUGGGAAUCUAUGCUAUGCAUGCUUGCAGAAGGGGUGUCCAAGAAGUCCAGAAUCUAUGAAGUAAAUGGGAACCCCAUAACAAAACAUAGGGGUUUUCUGUCGAUGCGGUUCCAGGACUAUAACCUCACAGUUGAAUAUUAUAGGGCACCGUUCCUUCUUGUUGUAGGACACCCCCCCAAAAAUUCACCAAGUCCGGUCAGGACCACGGUUAAGCUCGACCAAAUCCAUUGGUACUCCGAAAAAUGGGUUGGAGCAGAUGUUCUAAUUUUCAGUGCAGGGCACUGGUGGAACAAAGACAAAACAGCAAAGAUGGGCUGCUACUUUGAGGAAGACGGGAAAGUGAAUCUGACAAUGGGUGUUAUGGAAGCAUUCAGGAGGUCUAUACAAACAUGGAAGUCUUGGGUGCUCAAGAAUUUGGACCCUGAAAGGACUCAGGUUUUCUUCCGAAGCUACUCUCCGGUACAUUACAGGCAAGUAUAAACUGCUAUCCGACUAUGACAAUUUCAAUUUACAUUCUUCCACACUACGGAAACCAAAAGAAUGAAUGGCAAUUAGUGUAACUUGGGUGACUUUACAACUUGCUGUUCCUCAAUAGUUGCCGCCAAACAUGGCGUAAAAGGAAGGAAUUGACGAUUAAUGAAUCGAUGAAGUUUUAACA